UCAGCAUAUACGGUGGCCAAAUUGGUUCUCUUCUUUUCGGGCGCCAAAUCCCUCGCUAUUAAAACCCUGAAUCGAACGAUCAAUCUCUUCUCCUUCUUCCGGCUUUACGGAUUUGUGCUGAGCUGCUGCUGCCAUGGGCGAUCACGGCUCCAAGAUCGAGAUCUCCUUUGCUGGGAGGUUCGCCAGCAGCGCCAUCGCCGCCUGCUUCGCCGAGAUCUGCACUAUCCCUCUGGACACUGCAAAAGUCAGGCUUCAGCUGCAGAAGCAAGCAUCUACGGAUGCCUCAGCCAUGCCAAAGUACAGAGGAAUGUUGGGCACUGUCGCAACCAUCGCAAGGGAGGAAGGGGCGACGGCCCUCUGGAAAGGCAUUGUUCCCGGGCUGCAUCGUCAAUGUGUUUUUGGAGGGCUGCGAAUCGGGUUGUAUGAGCCUGUUAGAAAUUUUUAUGUCGGUGAGAAUCAUGUGGGAGAUGUUCCUCUGUCUAAGAAAAUACUUGCUGGACUCACAACUGGUGCACUUGGGAUCACUGUGGCAAAUCCAACUGAUCUUGUAAAAGUUCGUCUCCAAGCUGAAGGAAAGCUUCCACCAGGCGUACCUAGACGGUAUUCAGGAGCACUGAAUGCUUACUCAACAAUUGUCAGGCAGGAAGGGUUUGGGGCUCUCUGGACUGGUCUUGGGCCUAAUAUUGCACGUAAUGCCAUUAUAAAUGCUGCUGAAUUGGCUAGUUAUGAUGAAGUCAAGCAGACAAUUCUGAAAAUUCCUGGAUUUACAGACAAUGUUUUUACUCAUCUGCUAUCUGGUCUAGGUGCUGGAUUUUUUGCUGUUUGUAUCGGUUCUCCUGUUGAUGUGGUUAAGUCAAGAAUGAUGGGAGAUUCAGCAUACAGAAGCACUGUAGAUUGUUUCGUCAAGACUAUGAAAAAUGAAGGACCUUUGGCUUUUUAUAAAGGCUUCCUUCCAAACUUCGGUCGCCUCGGAUCAUGGAAUGUCAUAAUGUUCUUGACUUUGGAACAGGUCAAAAAGCUCUUUGCAAAAGAAGUUCCAGAUAAACAUUGAGAAACUGUCCAGAUUCAGGUGAAUAAAAAGAGCAUUAAUUAGUGCAUUCGAAUCAUCAAUUUAUAGCAAAGGACAGAAUGAUUUCUUCAGAUCUUAUUGAGAUUAAACAUUGAAAUCUUAUUAAUGCUCAUAUUUUUUGGUCAUUAUCAACUCAAAGCUUUGAUAAUUACUUUUGUUAAUUUGCUUUAAAAACAAUUUGGCAUUCCCUUUGA